AUGGCGUCAAUACUCCGGCAGUCAAAAGAGGUACAGGAUCAACACAAACGACAGCUACUGGCACUUCUCAAGCAUCCUGAUAAUGCGGAGUGCAUGGACUGCUGCGCGCGUAACCCGACGUGGGCGAGUGUAAACCUCGGCAUCUUCAUUUGUAUUCGAUGCAGUGGCCUGCAUCGCCAGUUGGGUGUGCACAUCACCAAGGUAAAGAGUUGCACGAUGGACCUCUGGGAGCCGGAGCAGAUUGCUUUCAUGUCUGAGAUGGGCAACCAGCGCGCGAAGCGCGCGUUUGAGGCCACCAUUCCCGCCAGCUACGUAAAGCCUGCCGAGCGCGACGCCUCCAUGAAGGUAAUGAAAUGGAUUCGUCUGAAGUAUGUGCAGCGGCGGUACUACCGGCCACUUCCUUUGCCUGCUGCCGACGCCAACGCCGAAGGCGCUGUUGACUUGCCAAAGGACGCGAAGCCCGAAAAGGCACCUAAAGCAGGUGAAGCAACCGAACGCGUGAAAGCGGUCACGCCAACCAAGGCUGUUGUGAAACCUGUUCCACUGACUUUUAACCCAGUUGCAUCGACCCCGGCUGCAACUCAUUCCCACCAUCCCGUGCUCGGCGUCAGCACCGUUCUUUCCACCACACUCAACGCUUCUUGUGCUCCAACCGAGAAGAUGGCGGCCAUCCUCGACUGGCUAUGCAGCACCAUGCCUUACGUUAUGGCCGAGGAUUUUGAGAAUCCGUCCGCACUAUUGGUGCCGCCGGUGCCGGCUGCGAAGAACUCCGCCUUGAAUAACGGUUCGUCCCCGGCAGCCGCCAUGCUCAAAGCACCGUCGGCUUCCACCCCCGUGACUACUAUCGCCCCCACUACAGCAGCAGAACAAGACGCAGCCUCUUUGGUGCUGACGAGCGCGCCGCGUGAGGCCGGAAAAAGCCACGUUAUGGCUAUGGGGUGCAGCACCGCCAAACAGAGGCAGCUAACUCCAUCUAUUCGAGGGCUAGGCGCGGUGUUAAAGGAUGCUACUGUACCUGCGGGAACCCAGGAAUCUGCAUCGGGGCAUCACGAGCAAGUUCAGACGGCGACAUCGUCGCUGCACCUGGAUCCUAUACCUGACACAAAGUUGGUGGUGCGCGCGGACUCGGUCGUGGAAACCGCCCCGAAUGGCGAGGCAACGGCGGCUGUACGACCACACCGCCAUCGGCGCAAGCGGAGGUCUCUAAAGGAUACACUUCAGAGAAGCCAUCUUCCUUCAGCGCCACCUUUUCCGCUGUCUUCGAUCCCGCAAGCUUUGACUGUGCUUCCUUUCCUUUCGGCGCCGUCGCCACCAAUGGAGACGGCGCGAGUGGAGCCAAGCUGCUCGUCAAGGCAGGAUGUAGAGAGAAUAAGGAACGCUGCGCAUCAUGACGGCAAGCAGCAUGGACACGGCUCAGAGCCGCUGCCGGAGCCACCUAGGCAAUUACCGACGCAGCAACCCGUCCUUCGCCCUGCGCAUGGUCCCGCUGGGACCUUUGUCCUUAGCGACAGGCACGAAGCAUGCGCGUCGACGCCAGUAGCACCACUGCUGCUGCGGUCUCAGGAGCCGAUGAUGCCAAUCACUACCACGGAACCGGCUCUCGCAGCCUCUACUCUCGUGGAACAGUCCACCCAUGUCAUCCCUUCUGUCAAGGAUCUCACGUGCACGCAGGGUGUUGCGUCAAUGACUCCCUCCUUCGCCACGGGGCAGUCGGCAGUGGCUGCUGCAGUGGCUCCGACUCCGAUGCAACCGCCUUUCACGGAGCCCACUUUAGCAGGAGCGCUGCACUCGCAGGAUGACGCAUGGCAAACGGAUCGGCUGGUGCUGUUCUCGGGCAAGUCGAAUGGUCUCUGCAGCUCGCAACGCGUGCUCUUCUCACCUCCUGCAGUCGAUGAGGAGUGGCGGGUACCACAGCCAAAGAUUCGCUCGCCCAACUUUUCAUUCUCGGAGGAGCUGCGACCGCGGCAACCAGCGUUUGAGAAGUGGGCGAAACGGGUGCCGAACACAUCUAUCACCCGCAUUCGAGGCUCACUCUUGUCGCCUAUAGCUGAGGAUGGCAGCACGGCGCCGCAGACGCCAUCAGCGCAGCUUGACCAGCCACACACUGACGAUACCCCGACCUUGAACGGCGUGCUGCAGACACAGCGGCAUCUGGAGGAGCGGCUUCGUGUGCUAAAGGAGCAAUUCCGGCAAAGGUCUGAUCUGAGGUAG